CUUAUAGGGCUGGCCCCCCUUCUGCCCCAUCGACAUGUACGAAUACUGGUAUAUUGUUGAAAUAUGUUCGGGCCGCAGGACCAUUGCAGCUAGCAAGUAUGCAACAGAUGAAAAGACAGACAAAUUCAAGGAGAAACAGAUUCCAGAGUCUCAAGGCCAUUGGAUCCUAGAUUGGGCUUUGAUACGCAUCGACAACGCCAAGCAACGCGAUGUCGUCAAUCAGUUACCCGAAAACGUGUCCGGAAGGGUAUUGCCACUAGUGCCGAACAUGCCUUGCGAUAAAUGGUCAACUUUCAAUGCCAACCAAAAAAAUAUUGCCGUUGUCAAGUUUGGACGCACCACACAUGAGACCCGGGGAAAUAUCAAUUCUACGAUUGUCCUCAUCGACCCCACCAUAGAUGCGCAGAUCUCUAAAAUUUAUGGAUUCACUGACACAUAUCGUGGAUCAUGCUUUGAGGCAGUCAAAGCCAGUGCUAAGGAUUCAGAAUUCCUUGACUCUGGCGACUCUGGCAGUAUACUGUUGCAUCAAGAGUCUGGCGCGCAUCUAGGACUGCUGUUUGGGAUUAGCAGCUCUGGAAACGCCCUCUUCAUUCCAAUGGGCCUUGUGAUCCAGGACAUCGAAAGAGUCACGGGGAAAAAGGUCGUGAAACCUGCAUUUGCUAGGCCGGAAACUGUAGGUUUGGCUCCGUACCAACUACCAGAAUAGCUUGACCAGCAUUCGUGUCUCUGCCGAUGUUCGCUAUGUGAGGUUGUACUGAAGGGUGAGAAGGAGAUCGACUAGGAGAAAGAGCAGGAGAGGGAAACUGUGGAUGCAUCAUGCCAGCAUCACAUUGAUGGCUUUUGAUUUCUGUUUUGUGGUUGCGUUGAUUCAACAUCUGCAGCAGAUGGAUGUACAGUAAUGAAUGAUUAACUGCUUACUACUCAAACAAAUGUUUCAUGCAGAGCAGGGAUAGCAAGAUUGAAUCCUAAGUCCCCUUGCCCAAGACCACAAGCAAAUGAUCUGCACAACUCAACGUCUCAGCGCGGUCCACACUCAGCAUCACUACUCCUCCACAUCAUCCAAGUCAUGAGUUUUUAGCUUGUCUAGUAGAUCUCUUUUACUCUAGUUUCUCGUCCAGCUGG